UUUCAGACAUCCCAAAUAAAUCAAACCCAGCAGUACUCCAAUCCAUCCAUUCUAUCUUCCAUCUUCCAUCUUUCUAUCUGGGUUCUCUCACUCGAUCUUUCGACGACAUGGGUCGAGCAGAGGUCGUGCAGAAGCGCCAGAAGGCGGCUAUCAUGGCGCUAAGGGUGGCGGCUUUGCUGGCCACCGCAGCUGCAACCAUUGUGAUGGCACUUAACAAGGAAACCAGAACUUUCGUAGUUGGCACCGUGGGUACAACCCCUGUUACUGCCUCUGUCACGGCUAAGUUCCAACAUACCCCUGCAAAUGUGUUCUUUGUGAUAGCCAACGCAAUGGCGAGCAACCACAACUUGAUGAUGAUUGGUUCCGACCUGUUCGGCCUUGAAUUCAAAGGGUUCAAACUGCCCUUGGUAGCCGUUCUCGAUAUGUUAAACGCGGCACUGCUGUCAGCGGGGGUGCAUGGGGCGGCUUUCAUGGCGCAGCUGGCGAAGAACGGCAACUCGCACGCACGGUGGAACGAGAUCUGCGACAACUUCCAAGGUUACUGCAACCGCGGCGGAGUAGCCAUUCUUGCCGCCUACGUCGGGCUUCUCCUGCGCUCGGCAUCACCAUGGUGUCCAUUGUGAAGCUCCUGAAGCCCAAGCCCAAGCCACAGUCCCAACCUCUGGCCUCUGAGAUUCAAGUCCCAUGAUGCAGAUUGAGUUUCUUAUGCAGCCGCCGCUGACCAUAUGGGCUUCUUUCUUCUUCGGCCCAAUUCUGUGUUAAUGUCCUGUCAACCGCUGCAGAUUGAGUUUCUUUCAAGUGUGUGUACAACAAAACCUUCCAUUUGUCUCCUUUUUCUUUUUUUGUUGGUUGAUCCAUCUUGCUACGAGAGAGUAAUGUUUUUUUUUUUUUUUUUACGGUAUACGAGAGAGUAAUGUUGUUGGCGGUGUUUUAGUUCAAACCGGAGUCUUUUACUAUUGUGGUGGGUCAAAAGCAAAAUUGGUCACAUACGCUUGGAGUUGUUAACAAAUUGAUCACUUAUAUUUCAUUUUUAACAAAUUGAACAUUUAAAA